AGUUUUCAAAUCUUUAAUAUGAGCACCAAUAUGUUUAAUGUCCUCAACAUUUCAGAUGAUGAGGAUUCAAAAAUUUAAUAGGCAUAAUAGAAAACCCAAUAACAACAAGCAAAGAAGAGUAAGUCCAUUCUUUCAUUAUUAAUUAGAUAAGUAAAAGCGCGAUUAGGAAUAAGUGAUUCCUGUUGAAUAAGUUAAGAAAGAAAGCACUUAACAUCAUAAUCCAGUCCAAAAAUAAAAGGGACUAACAGCUGAACCUCAUCCAAAGGACAGACAUUCUGGAACAGGUAUUGGAAAGGAACUUCGUAAAGAAGGUGGUGGAAGAAGAAAUUGGGGAAAUUAUAAGGAUGAUUUAAAGUAAGAAAAGUAUGAAGGUGCAAUAGAAGGUAAGGAGGUAUCAAAAGAAUAAAAUACAGAGUAAUAAGGUGAAGAAUAAUAACCAUAAGAAAAUGUACCUUAAGCACCAGCAGAGAAAACUUUAGCAGAUUAUUAUUAAGCAAGAGGAGUGGUAAAGAAUGAAAUUAUAAUAAUUAUAUAGAAUGUUGAAGAGGUGCUUAAAAAGUAGUAAUAGAAAGUAUAGCCAGUAGUAAAGAUUGAUGAGGAGGCAUUGAAAAAGGAGAAAUUACAGGUGAUGAGAACAAGAGAAGAUUAGAAGAGAGAAUAGGAAUAGAAAGCAACUAAAAAAUAAAGUGGUUAAUAAUAGGCAUAUAGAAGUGAGAUGAGUACAGAGGGAUAAUAAUAUUUCGGAUUUACAAAUGAUUAAAGAAGAAAUGAUAGAAAUGAUAGGAAUGAUAAGAAUGAUAGAAAAGAUAAUAAUAAUUAUAAUAAAGGAUAAAAGAAAUAAGUACUUAUUAUUUAUUAUUUAAUUUAUUUUUAGUAAUAACCAAAUAAUGGAGUUCAAUUCGAUGAUAAAGAUUUCCCAUCAUUAUGAAAUGAUCAUUCCAAAUACAUAAAAUAGUGAGAUAUUUGGUAUAUAUAGUAC